AUGCGUGCGCCGCUCGUUCAGCCUCGGGAGGGACGUGUACUUUGCCCCAACGUGGCCCCAAUUCGAAGUCCUCCGGUGAUGGGCGAGCCGGUGCUGCAACGAUGGAAGGAGCUGACCCACGAGAUGCUGAAGCACGUGACCCGCGAGGACGCCCGACGAGCUCACGAGCGACAAGUGGAUCGCAAGUGUCCACAUCCUCCGGAGUCAGUGGUGAACGGGGCGAAUCAGUACGGCAGCUGGGAGCGAUGCUUGCUGUGCCAGACCAAGCUGAGCUACACGCCCCAUCGCGUGAAGCCCCCGCCAAAGAAGAAGGGCGCCAAGCUGGAGGUUGCCUACCAGACGCAGACGGUGCCCAAGAUGAAGGUGAGGGACCAGCCGGCCGAGAAGGCAGCGAGUCACUCCGGCAGCUCCAGCGACUCCAAGGAGAUGAUCGAGGCUCUGGGAAGGGUGAUGCUGCAGAGCACCACUGCCCUGCAGGCGACGAUGGCGGAGUCGAACCAGCAGGUGAUGAUCGGCCUGGCCGAGAGCAACCGCCAGGUGCUGACCGGGAUUGCCACGAUGGUGGACUCCGUACACGCGCUGCGAGGCGAGGUCGCGGCAGCGGUUCGAGCACAACCUCCAGGGCAAGAUCAGGCCGACGGCACCUACCACGUGGUGCUGAGGAGCGGUGAGCCGGUGGAGAUGCCUCAGGUUUUCUAUGAGGGGCGGGCGACGAUGGGCAAGCCAGUUCACGGACCCGGCGGACAAGCUCAAAUUCCAUGCUGCUGGAAGCUCCCGAACCUCGACUACCUCCUCCACAAUGAGGAUCUCCUGGAUGAGUCCCACGUGACGAUCACCACGGUCUUCGACGGACUUCGGCUUGAUGCUGAGGACCCCCACUGGAAGGAGGUGGUGGCGCUGCAGACUUUCAGUCCCAGAAAGGGAUGGCACUGUAGCAGCCAUCGGUGCAGCAGCAGCUUUUGGAAGCAGUUUGCCAAUGACCGGCCCGACCUCGUCAUCAUGGCUCCUCGCUUCGCCGGUCAGAUCUAUCGAGAGGUGGACACCGAGAACAAAGGUCCCCGGCAGAUCCGACGUGAGGAGACACUUAUUGGGGGAGAGGCCAGUGAUCUCAACUUUUGUGUUCACGUUGCCUUGGACCAGCACCGAGCCGGACGCAAGUUUCUUUUGGAGUGUCCGCAAGCCUACGGGCAAGAGCUCCGGGAGCAG